AUGAACCAGAACGGCACCGUCGUGAUCAUCAUACUGUGCAUGAUUGCAAUCAUUGGACUCACCAUUUACUUUGCCCGCACGGUCAUGAAUAAAUUCAUCACAAACACCUUGGAGGCAAAGGAUAGGGCCACUGAUUCUUCGGCGGCUUAA